AUGUUUAGCUCUUCCGGGCGCGUCCACAAGACGCCGGUAAACACAGCGUCGACCAUUGUCGCCGAAGGUGUGUCCGGAUCACAUGUCCUCACAGUUCAGGGAUACUCCCAUACCCUUGGACUCGGCGUCUGCAGGUCUAUUCCGUCGGGCAUAUUCAGCGUCGGGGGACAUACUUGGAAAAUCCUCUACUACCCCGACGGCGUCAACAGAGAAUUUGCUGAUUGGAUAUCUUUUUCUCUACUUCUUCAUGCCGCGGAUGAUGACGACGCUGAUGAUGCUGGUAGCAGUACGCUAGGUAUCAAAGUAAGAUGCAGGUUUAGCCUGCUCGACCAGGUGGGCGUGCCGGUGCUAAAUCACACGUCGCCAUACAGGACUACCACAUGUUAUGCACAGGGCCACGGAAUUACAUCUCAUGGAUUCAUCAAAAGGGAGGAACUGGAGAACUCGCCGUAUCUUAAAGCUGAUUGUUUCAACAUCAAGUGUGAUGUCAGCGUCACCACGGGGAUCCGUACGCAGCCCAAAUCACAACAAUUUAUCACUGUGCCGCCUUCUGACAUGCCUCAUCAACUUGGCCGUGUCUUGGAGACCGGUGAGAUUGCGGACGUGACAUUUGAGGUCCGUGGUGAGACAUUUGUUGCGCAUAGGCGUUUGCUCGCGGUUCGGUCCUCGGUGUUCAUGGUGCAACUCUUCGGUCCAAUGAAGGAGGAUGAGGCAACGUGUAUACGGAUCGAUGACAUGGAAGCUAGAGUGUUCAAGAUGAUGCUACACUUUAUCUACACCGACACGCUCCCUAAUAUAGAUGCCGGUGAAAACACGGAGAUGGCUCAACAUUUGUUUGUGGCGGCAGACAGAUAUAAUCUAGAGAGGCUAAAGUUGAUUUGCGUGAAUAUGUUAUGCAACCACAUGAACGCAAGUAUGGUGGCAACGACAUUGGCACUUGCUGAGCAACAUGAUUGUGACAAGCUCAAGAAGGCAUGGUACAAGUUCCUCACUCAUUUUCAAAAUUUGAAGGCGGUAAUAGUGAGCGACGGCUUUAAGCAUCUCAAGAGCAUUCGCCCCAAUAUUCUAGAGGAGAUACUAGAUCGUCAGGCGGCUGAUGCUCCUUGA